GUUGUUCACGUCUGACGUGUGUGUAAGAGAGAGUUUGUUUUUUCAGCGCUCGGGAAAAUCGCUUCGUUCGGUUCUAAGGCGCCGGGAAAAACCGCGUUUCAGUCGCUCGUGGGACUCGCGCGUGUGUAUUUGUGUAGCGGCGUAUUGUAGUGAGUCGUUUUUCCCAUCUGAUUUCGAUUCGAUCGAAUGUACGAAAAUAUUCGCUAAAUUUUGUGCGUGUGUACUGGAAAAUAUACUGUGCAGAUUGAUUGUUGAUCGUGAGAUUUGUGGAAAAGUUUAGUGGGGAUAUUUUGCGGAUUUUUUUGACGACUUGAGGAAGAAAAGCCGGUAAUAAAACAAUCGAGCUCAGUGUUGACAAAGUCAGUUCAAGUCAAGUCAAAGUCAAAAUCAGAAAAGAAAACGGUAGAAUUUGGAGAAUCUUAAUCGAGUCGUUUGUUAUUGUUGACAAUUGUCACAAGUGAGAUUUUCGCCUAAGAAGACAAAGAGAAACAUCGUCACUUGCGAAGCAAGUCAGCUGUGUAUGUGUUUGUUUGUUAUCUCGAGAAUCACGUGUGAACUACAACAGGAAAAAGAUCAUCAGUGAGUGAGAGAGCAAAAGGAGAAGAAAAAUACGACGACGACGAGAGCAGCUGUAAUCGGCGGAAAAUCUUCACAACCGCAAGAAAUCGUGCAAACGAGGGUCACUGCUCGACGUUCUCCGCGCACGCCGAUGGUGUUGUCUUUUUAAUUUAAUUUAGUACAUUCUGGAUGACCCUGGGGUUAUGCAACAGUCGCCUGAUGCCCAGUUGUGUCCCAGUAGCGCAGCGCUGACGACGGCCAAUGAGUGGAACGGGCGCGAGAAAGCCGCCACCGCAGACCUUUGCCGCAGCAUCCGCCGACGAGUUGUCUGGUGAAGACGCAGAACGUCGCACCGUUCGCUAGUGAAGGUGUGUUGGGAGUGUGUUGAUACAGAAGAUUCGGUUGAAGGGUUAAGCCUCCAGUGUUGUUGAUGUUUUUCGUUGUUGAGCGUUUGUUUGUUUUGGUUUUUUGUUGAGCCAGUGUUGCCAGCGUGAAGUGGUUUCAGCGAAGGUGAAGAAUAUUCGCUUGUGUUUUCGUGAUACCCAGGAAGAAAAACAGGAAAAGAUCGAACCAUGCAGCACCACCCAGGUUCGUGGUACAUCCCGUGGGGCGUUCCGGGCAUGGGUCUGCAGAAGAUGCUGGCGGUCCCGUUCAAUCCGGCCCAGGCCGGCUACCACCAGCCACAGAUCGCGGCCGCCGCUGUCCAACCGCCACCCCAGGUCCAAUCGGCCGCCAGCCAGCAGCAGCAGGCCGCUAGCCAACAAGCGUCAGCCUACCAGCACCAGCUGCAGCACCACCACCACCACCCAGCCGCAGCUCUGCACAACCCGGCUGCGGCCGCCGCUGCCGCAGCCAUGCAGCAUCAACCGCUCCAUCCGGCCGCGGCCGCCGCCAUGUUCACUCCGCUAACCCUGCGCUCCUUCGUAACCCAUCCCCACCUUAACCUUGGCCAGCAGCCGAUGGCGGCGGCGGCCCAGCAGCCCCAGCACACGCCCUCCGGGCUGCCCGGCCAGACGACGCUCAGUCUGAACAUGGCCUCGAUGCGUCAGCAGCAGCAGCAGCAGCAACAACAGCAACAGAAUCAACAGCAACUCCAACAGCAGCAGCAACAGCAUCUGGCGCAGAAGGCAGUGAUGCCGGUGAACGCCGCCGCACUGUCCACCAGUACGCUCAUCAUGCCGAUGAGAAAGAUCAUUAUGUCCGAGAAGGACAAAAACAAGUUGGUUUCGACGGAGAAGCGGAAAGCCGACGAAUGUGAACCGGUGAAAGAUCUCAAAAAGGCUAAGCUGGAAACCAAAGCGCUGAAAGCCAAACGGCCUGGCUUCACGGACGAGCGAUACCACGAGACGUCCUACUACAUCGAGAAUGGCCUCCGGAAGGUGUACCCGUACUACUUCACCUUCACCACGUUCACCAAGGGCCGCUGGGUGGGCGAGAAGAUCCUGGACGUGUUCGCGCGCGAGUUCCGGGCCCACCCGGCCGAGGAGUACGAGCGGUGCAUCAAGGCCGGCACGCUGACGGUCAACUACGAGAAAGUGCCAACAGACUAUAGGUUAAAGCAUAACGAUCUCCUGGCGAACAUCGUGCACAGACAUGAAGUUCCAGUUACUAGUCAACCAAUCACAAUAGUGCACAUGGACGACGAUAUUGUGGUUGUGAAUAAACCGGCAUCUAUACCUGUCCAUCCGUGCGGCCGCUAUCGCCACAACACGGUGGUGUUCAUCCUGGCGAAGGAGUACAACCUGAAGAACCUGCGCACGAUCCACCGGUUGGACCGGCUGACGUCGGGCCUGCUGCUGUUUGGCCGGAGUCCGAAGAAGGCCCGCCAGAUGGAGCACCAGAUCCGGAACCGGCAGGUGCAGAAGGAGUACAUCUGCCGGGUGGAGGGCGAGUUCCCCGACGGCAUCAUCGAGUGCAAGGAACCGAUCGAGGUGGUCAGCUACAAGAUCGGCGUGUGCAAGGUUUCCCCCAAGGGCAAGGAGUGCACCACCACCUUCCAGAAGCUGGGCUACAACGGCAGCAGCAGCGUCGUGCUGUGCAAGCCACUUACGGGCCGAAUGCACCAGAUCCGCGUGCACCUGCAGUAUCUGGGCUAUCCGGUAGUGAACGAUCCGCUGUACAACCACGAGGUGUUUGGUCCGUCGAAGGGCCGCGGCGGUGACAUCGGCGGCAAGAGCGACGAACAGCUGGUAAAGGAUCUGAUCAACAUUCACAACGCGGAGAACUGGCUCGGCAUCGACGGGGACUCGGAGCUGUCGAUGUUCAAACCGAUGAAGAACGACCUGGAGGAUGGAAAGGGACCAAUUCUGAGCGAUGACGAUUCGGAGAGCGUGUCCCGGGAGGCGUCCCCCUGCUCGGAAAGCCCCCGGCCGGUGUCGCUGGGCAGCGAAAGUCCGAACGAAAACAUGUGUGCCUCGAUGCUGAGCCCGAACGUGGUGGCGACGCUCAACACGUCGUCCAGCGUCGGAACCAGCACCAGCAGCGUCGGCGUCGGCAGCAACAGCGUCGUCAGCCACAUCGUCAGCAGCAGUUCACAGUCCGUGUCGAGCUCGGCGGCCGCCGCAGUCGUCGCCAUCAACGCCCGGCUGCAGUCGCAGAAGGUAACGGUGGCCACCCAGACCGGCCACGAGUCGCCCGAUCUAGCCUUCAACCCGGACAAGAUGACCACGGACAAGCACUGCUACGAGUGCAAGGUGCGGUACCGUGACCCGAAGCCGCAGGAUCUGGUCAUGUAUCUGCACGCCUGGAAGUACAAGGGCCCAGGCUGGGAGUACGAAACCGAGCUGCCCGAGUGGGCUCGCGUCGACUGGCACGACAACGACUUUGAAUGAAUGGCGUUGGAUGACGGCGACGACGUCGGCUACGUCGACGAGUACGGCGGCGAUUACCUUCACAACAACAACAACGACGACCACUACAAGCACUUUUACUACUACUGUCCCGGACUAUCCUCCUGAACCAAAUAUUUGAAGGAAAGAAAAGAACAAGGCAUAACUUGUUUUUGAGAAAAACGCCCAAAUUAAUUCAAAGCCACACCCCCGUCUUGAUGAGAGCGACGCAAACCAACUGUGACCAAAACGUGUGUGAUGAUGAUGAUGCCGUGUGUGUGUGCUAGCACUCGCACGCAAAUGCAUUGUAGAAGAAGAAAAAAAAGACAAAUAGCAGCCAAAGCUCCAGUUUUUUGGCGACCAAAUGAGUUAAAACAAUAAUAAUAACUAAAGUAACGCAAGAAAAACAUUUAUAUAGAGAUUUACGCAGCUGGAAGAAGCAGAGGAAGAAAGAGAAGAAGCUACAAACGACGAAGCAAGAAGGAGGCGACCAGAAGCGAUGGCUGUUGCUCAACUCAGCAACAGAAGUAAUAACGGUUUAGUGUGUAAGUUUUAGUGGGUAAUGUUGAGCGAGCGAGAGAGAGCAGAAUACGACGCGAAAAAAAUAGUAAUUCUUAAAUCAAAGCAGCAACAAGCGACAAAAAAGAAAUGAAAUUUGUACAGUAGACGCGCUUCUUUUUAUACGCACCGCGUAAUGUUUUUAUUUUGAUAGCUAGCUAGAGGUCUAUACAGAAAACUCAAACACACACUCACAGCUUGCGGAAGAAAGACGAAAAUGAAAAAUUACAGCAAAAAGUACGUAAACCGCUUUUGCUGCGCAAAACUGUCAUACGGUCAAAGUAGGCUCUCCCAUUUUUGAACAAUUUUCAACCUUUGAAGUUUAAUCUGAGCUAGCCCACUAGGAUCUGUCAUUCACUGUGACAACUGCUUGAAGAAUUUAAUCUUUUUUUCUCAAAUAAUGAACUUUAAUAAAUCGCUAAAUUCCACCGAGUGAAAAACAAACGGUUUAAUUUCCCGCCCCUCGAAACCAAAAUCGUUUUGCGGUUCCGAAAUUUGUGAUAACAAUUUCGCCUGCGGCGAAGCCGCGGCCAGCUAUGUUUACGGUCGAUUUAAUUAAGUGGAAUUGAAUUUUAAUAUUUGCCAAAAAUUAAUUUCAAUGCUGUGGGGGAGUGGAACUAAUUUAUGUUGC